CCUCCAGGCCGUCUCAGCAUCAUCUCCUCCGCUCCACUCUUAGGGCUUGACUGAUUUAACUGAACGCACCACCGGAGUCAUAACAGAAGUCACCAUGAGUAACAAGUACAACUUCGGCUUUUCCGGCUUUUCCAUGUCCUCUUUGCCAAAGAUGACAGGCUCCAGGCGGGGCACCAGCGUCCACGGCGGUGCAGGUGGCCGCAACAUCCGGGUGUCGUACGCCUCCAACGGCCUUGGCUCCGGCUUUGACUUGGCAGGGGCUCUCGGGGGCGGCGGAGGCGGUGGAAACAAUAGUUCAUUUUCAGACAGCAAGAAACUGACCAUGCAGAACCUCAAUGACCGCCUGGCCACCUACCUGGAGAAGGUGCGCUCCCUGGAGUCGGCCAAUACGAAGCUGGAGCUUCAAAUCCGCGAGUGGUACGACAAGCAGACCCCCACCGUCAAGGACUACAGCAAGUAUCAGGCAAUCAUCGAAGACAUUCGCAGAAAGAUCACCGUUGCCACACAGGACAAUGCAAGGCUGAUGCUGCAGAUUGACAAUGCCAGACUGGCAGCAGAGGAUUUCAGAAUCAAGUUUGAGAAUGAGAUGGCACUGCGCAUGUCGGUGGAGGCGGACAUCGCCGGGCUGCGCAAGGUUCUGGAUGACCUGACAAUGGCCCGAUCUGAGCUGGAGAUGCAGGUGGAGGGCUUGAAGGAGGAGCUGGUCUACCUGAAGAAGAACCAUGCAGAGGAUAUGGCAUCCAUGCGUGGCCAAGUUAAUGCCAGCUCUGUAAAUGUGGAGGUGGACGCCAAGCCUCAGAACAAUAUGGUCAACACCAUGGAACAGAUCAGAACUCAGUAUGAGGGCAUCACUGAAAAGAACCGCCGCGAAAUGGAGGAGUGGUACAAGGUCAAGUUUGAUGAACUGAACAAGCACGUGGCCUCCAGCACAGAGAGCCUCCAGAGCUCCCGAAGUGAGAUCACCGAGCUCAAGAGGACCCUGCAGGCCCUACAGAUUGAGCUGCAGUCCCAGCUCAGCCUGAAAUCUGCCUUGGAGGGCCAGCUGGAAGAGACAGAGUCCAACUACAACAUGCAGCUAAGCCAGCUCCAGUCCAUGGUCUACAACCUGGAGGAAGAGCUCAAAAAUGUGAGGGGGGACAUCGAGAGGCAGUCCAAUGAUUACCAGGUGCUGCUUGAUAUCAAGAACAGGCUGGAGAUGGAGAUCGCCGAGUACAGAAGACUGCUGGAUGGAGAGGAUAGACCUGUAGCAGCAGUGCAAGUCAAACCGGUUUCAGUCAUAACCCAGAGGAGGAUGGUGGUGAUUGAGGAGAUUAUUGAUGGAAAAGUGGUAUCCCGCAAGGAGGAUGUCAACACCCAGAUUGUGAAAUAGACAGACUGGAUGCCUAAAGAUCAGGGUCAAGUGAGGAAUUGGAAGAAAGGCUGUUUCUGACACCCAGCUGAUGUUCCACCCACCUGCAGUCUACUGAAAUUAACUAGGACAAUGUUUUGUUAUAUAUAAAAUAUAUUUCUCUUUUCAAACAUGUGGGCAGAGUUGGGAUUUAGAUUUAUUGUCAGAGAUAUUUAUUCUGAUGCAUUAUCAUAAAAAAUAUGGUAAAAUAAGUUAAUAAGAAGAAUGUUUGUGUUUUGAAGAACCAAGUUAAUAACUGUGCUUUUUUAUUAUUUCUUCACCCCAUUUAUUAAAACCCACUGACAACUUUACUGAAUAUCUGCUAACCUGCCUUCUGAAGUACCAGAUUUACACAUUAGGUGACACUGUAAACCCCAGAAAGGAAAUGUACUUCUUCUAAAUUGAAACCAUUGCUUCUCUGGCUAUUGGAUAUAUGGAGAGAUAAAAUAAACAUAAUGUUCUACUUUGUUUUAUUUUCAUUAAGAUGUGUGUUAUUAUUUAUUUGACACUCUUCAAGAAAUCAUGGGCCUUAGAAAUAUUUACUAUAAUUGGAUCAGUAUAAUUUAUGAUCUCUGCUGUCACUUUUUGAAUACUUCAGAACUGUUUGUUAAAUCA